AUGUCGCCCUUGAAGGCGCUGGAACGUUUCGCAGGAGCUCAGUUGGAGAAGAUGGAUCUAGAGCUGCCAGUUUUCACGUGGGAGGAAACAGAGGACCCCAUCAAGAUGAACGCUAUAUAUUCAGAGAAAGAAUGGGCUCUGGAUUCUCCACUGGAGCUGCUCACAGAGAGACAAGAUUGGCUCCAUUGGUAUGCGUGCGAUCCAUCAUCCGGAACACAAAUAGAGAUUUUCUUCGAGAGACUCGAGCCCCGAGUCGCGAUUACAUGGGUCUACCUCGAAAUCAAUGACCGUCGUCUCAUCUUACGGGAAGCUGUAUACAGAGACAACAGCGACGGUCACGCGUACAGUGCCGCUGGCGUUCGUCUAGAGUGCAACGCACCCAUGAGACGUUGGCGCGUGGCAGUGAACACGGUCAUGGAAGAUUUGGACGGGGCAGAUCCCCGAUCUACCGUGCAUGUCCGAUUCGGUGCGCAGCUGGCAAUGAGUGGACACACGUUCGAGCUUCCGAAGCAAAUUCAAGGCUCAUUCCUCGCGAGAGCGUUUUCAAGUCAGGAGGGCAUCGAGAGUGCCAAGACGGAAAUAUCGAAAUGCACCAGUGCUUGCCAGGCCAUCUUGCAACCGGUCACGCUCUUCGCUGAAAUUUUCUUGGACGGGCAGAGACAAGAUUUCAUGCUUUUUGGUUCGAGACUGAAAUUCUUCGGCAGCUCAAGACUCCUUCAGAAUAUCGAGAUUCACGUUGGGUACGCGGAGAACGGUACAACUUUCACGGCUCUCAAGAUAGCGGAGGGAGCUCACGGUUACGGUAGCAAUCCGCGGCAUUUUGUACAGCCUAUACGCAAAGGACACUGGAGAUCGAUUGAGGAGAACAAGCUUCCGGCUCAGCGGGAAGAAUCGCUUUCGAUGAAUAUCAGAGAUGUACCCCAUGAAUUCUUCCUAAACGCUCCGAAGACGACCGACAUUAGUACAUUGAAUUCGACUGAGAAAGAACCGUGGCUCCUCGGAAAGCGAGCCGGGGAACUCAAGGUUUCGGGAGAAACGCACAGAAUGUUGAGCACGGUCUUCACGCUUCGCGGAGCUCAUAGACUGCCUGAGAAUAAAUUGCAGCUGUUUGCGCUCUUGAAUUUCCCCUCAGAGACGAACAGCGACUUAUUCUUGAGCACGUUGGAUGUCGCCUGUAAGAACCCGGAGCUCAGCGGAGGUAAAGGAAGCUCGUUGGCCGUGCUCACUGAUCUCUCAACGAGGCUCAAGACGUUCACCGUUCCGCCCGCUGUCGUCCUGACCACGAACGCCUACACAGUAUUUAGCCAAUUGCCCGAAGUUCAGAAGGCGAUAGAGGAUUUUCUCCAAAACUCAAAGGGAGCGGAUAUGGAGGGACUCAAACUGGCAUCGGAGACAUGUGUGUCGAAAAUCGCCGGAUCGCGUCUGCCGGAUUCGAUCCUCCUCCAGCUUUCGAGGAAAUGUCGGGAGACUUUCGGGAGCGAAUGGGACUCGAGGCGAUUCGCGGUUAGAUCUUCUGCGAUCGGUGAAGAUUCGGAAGGGAUGUCUGCGGCGGGACAAAUGUCGACGUUCUUAGGGGUCGAAGGCGAACGAGAAAUCGCGGCAUGCGUUGUCAAAUGUUGGGCUUCGCAGUUCUCCCUGACAGCCGUGAACUACAAGCGACAGCACGGUCUUGAAUUGAGUGGACUGAUGGUGAUGAGUGCCGGGGUCAUGUUCACUUGCAAUCCCGUAACAUCGGAUCCAUCGGAUAUUCUAAUCACUGCCAACUUCGGCCUCGGAGAGUCAGUGGUUUCCGCUUCUUCGGAUCCGGACACGUAUAUUCUACAACGUCGAGGAGACCAGAUUUUCUUGCGUACGAAGACGUGCGGGAAAAAAGACCUCAUUAUCGUCGAGUCCGAGUCCGGGAGUGGUACAGAACAGGAAACCAUCGAUGAAGAGCGGGCCGGAACUUUCUGUUUGGACGAAGCAAGCGCCGUGGAGCUGGCUUGCAUUGGCCGAGAUGUGUCAGAUGUAACGAAUACUCCAAAAGACAUCGAAUGGGCUGUCGUCGGAGGAAAAAUAUUCCUACUCCAAUGUCGUCCUGUGACUUCUUUCCUGAAAGAAAGCGACUAUGAGCUCAGACACGAUCUGAAUACGGGCUUCUAUACAAAUCGGGAGAUAUUGUCCCGCGCCAACUUUGAUGAGGUCAUGCCGGGCGUUUUCUCACCGUUAGGAAUUACCACGUUCUCCCAAUUGUGCUGGGACACGAUCUGCAGAGUCAAGUUCGCGGAGUUGAAGGCUAUCGAGAUCGAUCAGAGUCAAUUCUCUUACCAACAGCUCUCUAUCUGCGGCAAGAAGUGUUUCAUGAAUUAUUCAAAGAAUCCCAUGAUGCAGAGUAAAGCAUCCACUGGAGCCGUGGCUGUGACCAUGUUCGGUUACGAUAUCAGCGAGGAAGAAGCCCUGAAGAAAGGAAUUCUACACGAGAAGAACUCAUCGCUCGGCUUCGCUAUGAUUCCUUUCGUUUUCAAAGAGAUACGCGGUAUCGAGGCGAAACUGCGACACGCCAAGACGGAAAUGGAUAAAAUUGACUUGGCGACAGGGGGGACCUUAUACAACGUCAUGUCAUUGAAUUUACUCAAAAGUAGUCAAGGCGAAGAACGUAUUACACCUGAACUGAUGAUUCUCCUAUCGAGACUGCUCCGUUCAGACUACGAAGUCGAGAGCGUACAAAUCCCCAAGGAGUUGACGGCUCUGGCGGAGUCGUUCAAGAAUAGCCCCUCCGCUGACCGUUUUGCGUCUUUGACUCCGGAAGAAGCUCUGGUAUGGCUCGAGAGUGACGACAGUGAGCCCGCCAAGGAAUUCCGAAACUUCAGAGCGAAAAACGCGCACCGCUCUUACAAAGAGUUCGACAUCCUUGCCAAGACCUGGGACCUUGACCCGAUGCCGCUGAUCAAAACACUGCAGCUGAACGUGAGGAGUGUCGAGCAAGUCACUCACAAAAUAGAAGAACACGGCAUGACCGUCGACCAGCUUCCGAAACGACCGGGUUUCAUGAAGAGGAAAAUUCUUAACUACUUCAUCAAAAAAGCUCAAUAUGCGGUCUUCAUGCGAGAAACAGCCAAGUCCGGCGUCGUCAAGCUCAUUCACAAGCUGCGUCUAGCCAUUCGGCGGGUCGGAGAGCGCCUACGGGACGAAGGCAGACUUGCCGAUCCCGAGCUGGUGUUUUUCUUCACUUGCGACGAGCUAUACCGUUUCAUCACGUCGAGAGAUACGUCAACCAUCCCGAAAGUCAUUCGACGGCAGAAAUUGCACGGUGUACUCGACCAGGAGCGAUUCCCAUGCCUCCUGUACGGCAUGCCGAAACCCAUCGACUCAUCGACCAUAGUAGUCGACCCGAAUGCACAAAGUCUGGAAGGAACCCCCGUGAGCGAAGGUAUAGCGGUUGGACCUGCGCGGGUCGUCCAGGACUUCUACACCGAGGCUCAUCUUAUCGAAAGAGGCGAUAUAUUGAUAACAAGAGCGACGGAUACGGGUUGGACUCCGUAUUUCCCUCUGCUUGGCGGAGUGGUGACCGAGAUCGGCGGGCUCUUAUCUCAUGGGGCCGUGGUGGCCCGGGAAUACGGUUUGCCAGCGAUUGUAGGAAUCCCCGGUGUGACCGCAUUUGUGGAAUCGGGCGAGAUCGUGACUUUGGAUGCGAAUAAAGGGAUUUUGUUCAAAUCUCCUCCUGGAGCGGAAGACACACUCGACCCGACUACCUCGCUGCCGCUGUAGCAGAAGAGCUCUAGCUGCGGCUGUGAACAAUCAUCAAUUGGGAGAUUCGUCUCACAAUGAUUUUCGAUGUUUCCAUACUAAAACUCGAUGGGGGAAUGGAGCUUCUCAGAGCUGAUGGAGCUCCCCUUUUCGCCUGUCAAUAAACCUUAACAUCUGGAAA